AUGACGUUACAUAUAGCGCGCAGACCAACACAAGCUGGGGGCGGUGCCUGGCAGUCCGGCACUUGCAAUCCCUAUAGGCGAUGUGCUGUUGACAGACAGGAAGUAGUAUCGCAUUCAUCUACCGUCCACGAACUAGGACACAUUUUAGGAAUGUGGCACGACGAAGAAGUGGGUUGUACCGGAAGUGACAGAGGCGUGAUGGGAGGACAAGGAACAGGCUUUAGUUCUUGCAGUAUCAGAGAUUUUGAUAAAUUUCUACAGAGUAGGUAUGCGCAGUGUCUGUUUCGAGAAGAUGUUUCAAGUAACACCAGCUACGGUCCAACUGAGCCAGUUCUCAUAGGUCAGAAGUACAGUGUAGACGAAAUAUGCGAGGUACAUUUUGGUCCUAACUUUCACUUCCGAAAUUUCUCAUAUCUCCCGCCAUGCGAGAUCAUAUACAGCUGUGUAAACUAUAACGAAGGCGAUUUCUUUGGACAAAUGUUUACUCAAUACCUGAGCGGUCCUCCUGGGAUAUAUUGCGGUGAAGGAAAGCUUUGCAUGAAUCGAAAAUGUCAAACGUUUGAAGAGGUCAAUAUGAAACCAGGCGUGGUCAGACCCGGGGGAUGGGGACCGUGGGCACAUUGGCAGCCCUGCUCCAGGACCUGUGGUACAGGACUAACCUACAGGAGGAGAUUCUGCAACAAUCCAAGCCCUUUGAACCACCCAGGAUGUGACGGCGGAGAUGACAAUGGUUAUGAAGCAAGGACUUGUAAUCCCGAGCCCUGUCCCAACGACAGUUCAGACAUGACAACUCUUAUUAAUCAGCGGGCGUCUGAAACUUGCAGUAGAUUAUUGAAGAAUAAAGUAUUAGACUCUACAAAAUACACGUCGUUUGGGAGGAAAUUAGACUGGCAUGGACAUUUGAAAUGUGAGGUGUCAUGUGAUGCGGUGCAGGGGUACAAGACGCCUGCUUAUACAAGGUUUGGCUUAAUCCCCCAGGGUACUCCGUGUGAAGGACCCACUGAAGAAUCGGGCCAAAAGUGGUCAGAUUACAGCUAUAGAUGUCUGGAUGGCUAUUGCAGGUUUUUCGGUUGUAACGGAGAGCUCAACGCUAAAUAUGACGUCUGUGGUGUUUGUAAAGGAGAUGGUUCUACUUGUGACAUAGUGAAAGGAGUGUAUACGGAGACAACAGCACAAGGUACAAGAAAGAUAAUUACGGAGAUACCCGUUGGAGCGACAAACAUACUAUUCUGGUUUGAUUGGCAAACAGUAAUGAGAGAAAACUAUGUAGAAAUCUACAACAAAGAUGGACUUGUAAUUCUGUCUAGCUGGAUACAGUGGAUUUGGGAUACGACAAAGAACCCAACAAAUUUCGCCGGUACGUAUUGGAAUUAUGUUUUCUGGCGUCAAGAGUUGUAUGCUAAAGGACCCAUCACCGAACCUGUCAUCAUUAAGCACUACAGAUAUGGAGAGAAGAAAAAUACUGGCAUUAACUAUACGUAUACUGUACCAAAAUCUGUUAAAACUUGUCAAGGACAAUGUGCAAAUGGAGGAACAUUUAACACAAAAAUCUGUUCCUGUGACUGUCCUAGUGGGUUUUAUGGAUAUGACUGCACAAGUCGUUGUAACACCUACUGCUUCAACGGUGCAACGGUUGAUCAGUCCAAUUGCGCAUGUCAGUGCAAGGAGCACCAGACCGGAAGUUGGUGUAAAUGUGAAGCAGGAUACGGCGGUGAAGACUGUAAAACCAAACUAUAGAA